UUACCGCGUUUCGGCCUCCGAGCCCGAGGCGUCCCACGGAUUCUGAGACUCCGCACGCAGCGGGAUCCGGCGGUGACCAGCGGGGUGCGGCGCGAGAGCAAACCUGACCUCCCCUCCUCUGUGGGAAUGCCACGCCGGCCUCCGAGGGUCUGCUCUGGGAACCAGCCUCCUCCCGUGCCCGCCAUGGAGCCGGCUACCGACGGGCUUUGGGCCCACAGCCGCGCGGCGCUUGCCCGCCUGGAGAAGCUGCUGCGCUGCUCCCGCUGUGCUAAUAUUCUGAAGGAGCCCGUGUGCUUAGGAGGAUGUGAGCACAUCUUCUGUAGUGGUUGUAUAAGUGACUGUGUUGGCUCAGGAUGCCCAGUGUGUUACACCCCAGCCUGGAUCCUAGACCUCAAGAUAAACCGACAGUUGGACAGCAUGAUCCAGCUUUAUAGUAAGCUUCAAAAUUUGCUCCAUGACAAUAAAGAUUCAAAAGACAACACAUCUGGGGCAAAUUUAUUUGGUGAUGCAGAAAGGAAGAAGAAUUCAAUAAAAAUGUGGUUUAGUCCUCGAAGUAAGAAGGUUAGAUAUGUUGUGACUAAAGUGUCAGUACAAACACAGCCUCAAAAGGCAAAGGACGACAAAGCCCAGGAAGCCUCAAUGUAUGAAUUUGUUUCCCCAACUCCCCCUGUAGCUGUUUCUAAGAGUGCUAAAACAGCUUCUAGAACAUCUGCAAAAAAGCAUCGGAAGAAAUCCGUAGCUAAGAUCAACAGGGAGGGGAAUUUAAGGCCAGAAACAAAGGAUAGUAGAUUUGAUUCCAAAGAGGAGCUGAAGGAAGAGAAGGUUGUCUCCUGUAGCCAAAUACCAGUUAUGGAGAGACCAUGGGUAAAUGGCGAAAUAGACUUAUUAGCAAGUGGUUCUGUUGUAGAAUCUGAAUGUUCUGGAAGCUUGACUGAAGUCUCUUUACCAUUGGCUGAGCAUAUAGUGUCUCCAGACACUGUGAGCAAGAAUGAAGAGACUCCAGAGAAGAAGGUCUGUGUAAAAGAUCUUCGUUCAGGAGGGAGUAAUGGAAAUCGUAAAGGCUGCCACAGGCCUACCACUUCUACUUCUAACAGUUGUGGGAGCAACAUUCCGAGCACCAGCAGAGACAUCGGUGAGCCAACAUUGCUUGCAGAAAAUGUAGUGUUGGUUGACUGCUCUUCACUGCCUUCAGGCCAGCUACAGGUUGAUGUCACACUCAGGAGAAAGAGUAACACAUCAGAUGACCCCCUUAGUCUUUCACCGGGCACACCCCCACCUCUGCUGAACAAUUCAGCUCACAGACAAACGAUGUCAAGCCCCUCCACAGCGAAGCUGUCUUCUGGUGUUCCAACCAGGAAAAGAAACCACAGAGGAGAGACUUUACUUCAUAUUGCUUCUAUUAAGCAUGAAGCCUGCAGUCAUGGGCACCUGAAGGUAGUGGAGUUGCUGCUCCGGCAUAAUGCCCUGGUGAACACCCCUGGCUAUCAGAAUGAUUCGCCACUCCACGAUGCCGUCAAGAGUGGCCACAUCGAUAUAGUCAAGGUGUUACUGUCCCACGGUGCUUCCAGGAAUGCUGUUAACAUAUUUGGUGUGCGGCCUGUGGAUUAUACAGACAAUGAGAAUAUAAGAUCAUUAUUGCUGCUGCCAGAGAAGAAUGAAUCAUUCUCAACUAGCCAGUGCUCUGUCGUGAACACUGGGCAGCGAAAGAAUGGGCCGCUGGUAAUUAUAGGCAGUGGGCUUUCUUCACAGCAGCAGAAAAUGCUCAGCAAACUUGAGACAGUUCUUAAGGCUAAAAAGUGUGUGGAAUUUGACAGUACAGUAACUCAUGUCAUUGUUCCUGAUGAGGAAGCGCAGAGUACUCUGAAGUGUAUGCUUGGGAUUCUCAACGGAUGCUGGAUCCUGAAGUUUGACUGGGUGAAAGCUUGUCUGGACAGCAAAGUACGUGAGCAGGAAGAAAAGUAUGAAGUUCCUGGAGGUCCACAGAGGAGCAGGCUCAACAGAGAGCAGCUGUUGCCAAAGCUGUUUGAUGGAUGCUACUUCUUUUUGGGGGGAAACUUCAAGCAUCAUCCAAGGGAUGACCUCCUUAAGCUCAUUGCUGCAGCAGGAGGCAAAGUCCUCAGUCGGAAGCCCAAGCCGGACAGUGAUGUGACUCAGACCAUCAACACAGUUGCAUACCAUGCCAAGCCUGAGUCGGAUCAGCGCUUCUGUACGCAGUACAUCGUCUAUGAAGACCUGUUUAACUGUCACCCAGAGAGGGUUCGGCAGGGCAAAGUCUGGAUGGCUCCUUCCACCUGGCUUAUCAGCUGUAUAAUGGCCUUUGAAUUGCUUCCUCUUGACAGCUGAAUGUCAUACCAGGUGAACAUUUUAAGUUGAACAUGCAUGGUUUGUGAGAACAAUGGCCAUUGUGAUAUGUUUGGUCAUUCAUGUUUUUAUGAAUAGGUAGAACCAUUCGUAUUUCUUCCCCCUUUGAAUUGCAAAAUAAAACAAUUGAUAGUAGAUUAGGAAUUCAUUUCGAUGCCUAAACUGCUUUUAAGAUUUUUUUGUUGUUCUUUUUUAAGGGUGGGGGCUAUAACUCAAGUCUUAGGGUCUUCAUCACCUAUGUGUGAGGCACAGGUUCCACACUAGGAACUUAUUUUA